CAGUCUGCACGUCGACGGCUAUGCGACCCAGCGAGCGCCCGCGUCAGUGCCAGCCCGCCGCCCGCUGACCAGAGACGACCAUGGCCCUCGACACGCGGCACAAGGCUGCCCUCUUCGCUGCCGCUGCCGCCGUGCGCCUGCUCCUGUUCCAGGCCUUUCCCUUUCUGCCCGACCGCCUCGCCGGCCGCGUCGAGCUGUCCACGCCCGUUUCGAGCUUCAAGAGACUCCAGGAAGGCCUCUACCUCUACACCCACAACGUGUCGCCCUACGAUGGCGGCGUGUACCACCAGGCACCGCUGCUCCUCCCGCUCUUCUCGCUCCUCCCCGACGCCUCGUACUAUCCGUUCGCGACGAAUCUGGUCUUUACGGCAGUCGACCUGCUGAGCGCCCAUGCAUUGGCUCAGAUUGCAGACUCGGGCCAUGCUGCUGCUACGCGCCUGUUCAAGUCGUCGCGCCAGGGCCUGCGAUGGAGCACCGCUGCCAUUGUAGCCUGCUUCUUGUUCAAUCCCUUCACCCUUGCUACCUGCAUGGCCCGCUCUACCACGUCCCUGACCAAUCUCUUCAUCCUCACGGCCAUGGCCAAGGCCUGCUGCGGCGCCAGCGCCACGUUCCUGCUCGCCAUAUCGGCUGCGUCUUAUCUCGCCAUGCAUCCAAUCCUCCUGUUCCCGCCGUUGCUGGUGCUGCUCUACGACACUCGCACCGAGAAGCUGAAAGCUGCCCCCAAUGCCUUGGCCUUCACAGCCGUGUAUACCUUGGGUCUGAUUCUGGUAUGCGGAACUCUGCUGGUUGUAUCGGCGAUACUCUCCGGCUCAUGGGAAUUUUUGGAGGCUACAUAUGGCGUCCGACUGCUGCUUCCAGACCUCACUCCCAAUGUGGGGCUGUGGUGGUACUUCUUCACUGAGAUGUUUGACUCGUUUCGGGAUUUCUUCCUAGGCGUGUUUUGGCUGCAUGUCGCAUCGUACACGCCGGGGCUUACCAUUCGCCUCCGCACACAGCCUCUGUUUGUUGCUACUACUCUGACUGGCAUCUUCGCCAUCUUCACCCCAUACCCCAGCGUUGCAGAUGCUGCCCUUUAUCUCUCGCUUGUGCCUUUGUUCAGGCAUUUGUUCCCUUUGAUGCGCUAUACCUUCCUCGCCUCUGCAGCCGUUCUGUACGCAUCGUUCCUUGGACCGGCCUUCUACCAUCUCUGGGUCUACGCCGGCUCGGGCAAUGCCAACUUCUUCUACGCCAUCACUCUGGUAUGGAGCUUGGGCUUGUCAAUAAUAGUCGGCGACUCGCUGUUUGCUGCGCUGAGGGACGAAUUGGACGUCCAGAGGCCGGAACUGCGGGACAAGGAGGUGAAGCGGAUAUAGUGUCAAUGUCAAAUCCCACCGGCGACUCGGACAAUUCUUCGUUUACAUGUAUGUGUGUUCGUGAAGGUCUUCCGUACAGGUCCCCGUCAAGUAUGACCCCCAAGCAUGUCUUGACUAUUACCAGUCGUCGGGUUAUCUCGUUACCAGAAUGAUCACGCGCAGAGUUACACAGAGCCAC